UGCUUAAAAAAAAAACUUUUUGAAUUGCAGAAUCAAGGAGAGCAGUUUCCCCGGGAACAAUCAACAAUGGAAGUCGCCGUCGGCAAAAGAAAGGGCGGCAAUAGAAUCGUCGAAGAAAACAUCCUAGCUAUCUUGGACGCCGACGACCGAAAGGAUACCCGAGAGAACAACGAUAACAGGAGUUCUUUUCUCGAAGCUGUUCGCUCUGCUUGUCUGGCUCCAGUCAAUGGAAGCCCUCCAACCAUGAAAAUGUGCGAGGCGGUGUUCAAAAUUCUGAGAGCUGGGAAACACCUAGAUUUGAUUAUGGGAAGUUUUUGGCUAUUGAGAGAGCUUGAGAAGCGUUUUCCUAGGAUGACUGUGUCGGAUGCAAGCGAAUCGAAGGAACCUCAGCUCGUGAUGUCUGAAGAGGCUUGGUGUCCAUUCGUUCUCAAUUUGGAUUCCACCCACCAAAGUAAGGAAGCAGUAAACAAAAGCAACGACAGACCCCUUGAUUCCCUGGGUUUUCAUCUUUUAAUACAAGAACUGGUUGAGUUCGCCAAUAAGGUCCAGUCACCAGAGACAAAGUCGCUUAGCAACUUGCUGCUGUUUCAAUACCUUGUGGAUGUUCUUGAAGGAGAUUUUAUGAUGCGAAAUAAGUUGUUUGAAGAGACAUUGAACUGGAUUCAUUUGAGAGAGUCAUUGCUAAAUCUCCUUUUGAAUUCAAGGAAGAUACAGUACAAAAACUUCAUAAGGCAUUGCUUGAUUCUCUUAUGUGGACUGUCUCAUCCUUCUGCUGAAUCGAGGGUUGACGUUGACAUGAUUGACAAUGUAUUAGAAUCGGAUAGCCAUGGUGCCGUAGGUAUUGCAUCGGCAGAAGUAAGACAUAAUACUUGCACUGCACUACAGAAAUUUCUUGUGGUGAUUAUGGAGCUUGAUGUAUCAAGGAAGAAAGCAGAUGCACAAGGUUCUACCACUAGAGCUGAUGGUGCGAGGACACCUUUACUUGAGCUAGUUCUGGAUGAGAUAAUCUAUGACAGUGACAUGCUAUCCCCCUUUCUUCAGGGAUUUGAUGAACCGAAAUGGAAGACUGAAUUGAUCUUGCAAUACUUUAUGAAAUAUGCUGCUAAGCCUACAGUUCGCACUCGGAGGUCAAAUGCUCCUCCAGAGGAUAUCACCAUCAGUGGAACCUUAAAAGGCUUUUCGAACAUUACCACCUCUAAAAGCAUCGCGAAAAAGAUCGGCUCAGAUAUCGUUCAAGUUCUCAUAGCCCAUGCUUUUCAGGCGCAUUUGUCCCUUUGCUCUUCCAAACAAGAUGGUGAUGGGACCGCCUCUCCUGCUGAAAUGUGCGAGGAUGUAAUCACAGCGUUCACCAACUUGAAAACUGCAAAUCAGCAGCUUGAGAUUCUACCAAUUGGUAAAGAAGCACUGUUUACCGCAGCAAUGAUCCUGUCAACGAAGUCGUAGAAUUCACUCUUUUGCUAGUGCUAGUAGUUCUGUUUACUCUGGCGUUGCCUCAGAGUCUCUUCGCCUACGAUGUUUACAUUGCUUCUUUUGAUUCAAACCCAAUUAGCAAGACUUGGAACCCUGUAUGUAAUUAGCAGUUUGCAGCCUUUGUAUAAUAACAAAUCAUUACAGUCUGCAGUUUAAGUUAAGGACCACCCAAG